AUGAACAACAAAACCCAAAACCUAAGGCGUGGAACCAACAAACGACGACACACAAAUAAACUCUUUGGUGUUUUCGGUGCUGCUGCUAUCAAAUUCUUGAAGAAAUCGAAGAAACAAGAAAAAGUUAGAAGCUUGAGUGCUGUCAAUGAAAUGGGUUGUGAAAAACAACAACAACAUCAAGACCCAAAGAGAUUUAAGAUUCCCAAUAAUUUUUUGAAUGGAUGCUAUGGUGCGUCUGUUCCAAGGAAGCUACGUUCUGCCAUGAAGAAGCGCGGUCGCGAAUCCAUCUUACUUGAUGCAGAAAAGAUGAACCAUAAGAACAAUGGAAUAGAAUCUUCAGAAAAGGAUAAUGUAAAGAAGUCAAAAGUGAGUAUUAAACAGGAAAUUAGCCAAAAAUUGUCCCGAAGAGAAGGAGGUUUUGGUUCCAUCACAAAAGACGAGGAAGAGGUAGCUGAGACUCUAUAUUCUUUGGCUGCAAUGUUCCCUGAGAGUGGCUCCAAUCAUGUUAGUAAGGAAAUAUAUGGAGAAUCUUUGAUAGAGAACUCUUCAGUUUUGCAGGACAAGAAGGAGAAUGUUAAUGCUGCACUCGAAGAAUCAGUAACCGAUCAGGGUGCAAGUCUUUGUCCUGAAAGUUGUUUACCUGGAGAAGCUUCAAAAAUUACUUCUGUAAAUGAAACUACUGGUCAAGAACAUUCUGAGAAGGCGAGUUUAUUGGUGGCAUCUCAUAGCAGUACUCCAUCGAUAAAUCUUCAGAGCAUGCCUGAGAUGGUUAAGCGUGAAUGUUGCAAAAAAAUUGCAUUGCACGACUCUGAGUUAUGGCUAGCAAUGGGAUUAAAUAUAACCCGACAAUCACAGAUUUCACAACACAAGAAGAAACCAGACGUCGAAUUAGACUCGGUCAGAUAUGUUGAUAACAAGCAAAAACAGCAUUUGAUUAAGGAACAUAUAAAAAAUGAAAGUCUUGCAUUGUGGCCAGGCUUGUCUUCAGUGUCAUCUGCUGUUAGUCAUAAAAGAUCACGGAAAAGGUGUGCUACUCAUGUUUACAUCAGUCAUACAAUUCGGCGUUUAGAGGUGUCAAAACAAGGAGCUAUCAAAGAGUCCAAGCUUCACGAAUGUAAUGAAAUGAGAGUGCCCAAUGGGUCAAAUCGUGAAAUUCUUUCUGAAGUACACAACGUGAACGGAAUGAGAAAUAGAGCUAUGCGUGCUACUGUGAGGAAUACUAAUGAAAGUAAGAAUGGUAGUAUUCCUUCGCAGCAAUGCCACUAUGGUGAGAUAACACAGACUACUCCAACACCUGGAGUAUAUGAUUCUCAAAAGCAAAGUUUCAACUUCUUGUCUUUGUCAACCGGAAGUUACGGAUUAAAGGUCGACAAUAACAAUUAUAAUAAAGUUGUAAGUAGGUUGGAACCAUUGUCAAAUUUGCAAGUACCUUAUUUUCAGUCACUAGCACAACAACAACAACAAAGGGUUGUGCCAAAUCCUACGCAUCAGAAUCGUUACGCCGCCUCGACAGUUUACCUUGAUCAGUUGUCUGUUGUAGGACCGCAGCUUCGGUUGCAACAACCUCAUUAUUAUGGUAGCCAGUUAUGUGGAACUCAAUAUAGUUCAACAGCCACAAAUAGUAAGCAAGACCACCAAAACUUUUGGGGGAUGCAGCAACAAGUAGCUCAGGGCAGGUCUUCCGUCAAUUGCAAUGUUGCUAUGAGGACCCAAAAUCCUAAUUGGCAGAGUGGAAGAAGUGAAUCUUCUGCAAUGGUUCCUUGUGCCCAAGCCAUUUUUCCUCAUACCUCUGUAUCACAAGAAAUAUUCGGAUCGAAAAUCGCCGGACGACAACAGCAGCUCAUUUCCCCCAUCCAAGACAAAUGGGCAAGAUCUUCUUCAUCUCAAUACUAUAUUUGA